CACUAUUUAACUUAAAACGGCAAAGCCUCUCUGCAAAGCGCAAAGCUCACUCACUAACUCACUGUUCUUUUUUUAUUCAUUUGUUAAAUCUCACUCUAAGACGCACACGCAGAUUCAAAUCACGAAUAUAGAGAGAGAAACAAACAAGACAAAAGAAACAUAAGAAGGAAGAAAGAAAGAACCAAAAGCAUCUAUUUCUGUCUCUCUCUCUUUUUUCCGAACUUUCUCUCUCUAGAACCACCAUUUUCGAGGUCGCGUUUUCUGGCUCUUUAUAUGUGGUGUGGAAUCCGGGUUUUGUUGUGUGCGCGUGCGAUUUGGAAUCUGGUGGUGUGAGCAUUUGGAUGUGAGAGAGGAGAGUUUUUUGGAUUCUCGGUUAGAUCGGCGAUGGCGGAGGUUUCCGGCGACGGUGCGACGCCGGCGACGCUGUCGGUGUCGGGAUCGUUCAAGGAGGGGAAAGGCUCGUCGCGGCGGCGCGGCGCUGUGAGGCCGCCGAGUAUGGACGCCGACGAGUUCAUGAACCUGUUGCACGGCUCGGAUCCGGUGAAGGUGGAGCUCAAUCGCCUCGAGAAUGAAGUUCGAGAUAAGGAUAGGGAAUUAUCGGAAGCGCAGGCUGAGAUCAAAGCCUUGAGGCUCUCUGAACGACUCAGAGAAAAGGCCGUUGAAGAGCUGACUGAAGAACUGUCAAAAGUUGAAGGAAAGCUAAAACUAACAGAAUCUCUUCUAGAAAGCAAGAAUCUUGAAAUAAAGAAAAUCAACGAUGAAAAGAAAGCAUCAAUGGCAGCUCAAUUUGCAGCUGAAGCCACUCUACGAAGGGUCCAUGCUGCUCAAAAAGAUGAUGACAUGCCUCCAAUAGAAGCAAUUCUUGCUCCUUUGGAGGCUGAACUCAAGCUUGCUCGGCAAGAGAUUGCUAAACUACAAGAUGAUAACAAAGCUUUAGAUCGCCUUACCAAAUCUAAAGAAGCUGCAUUGCUUGAAGCUGAGAGGACUGUUCAGUUUGCUUUGGCUAAGGCGUCCAUGGUGGAUGACCUCCAAAACAAAAAUCAAGAGCUAAUUAAACAGAUUGAGAUUUGCCAGGAAGAAAACAAAAUUUUGGACAAAAUGCACAGACAGAAGGUAGCAGAGGUUGAAAAGCUCACCCAAACUGUGAGGGAGCUAGAAGAGACUGUCCUUGCGGGUGGUGCAGCUGCAAAUGCUGUGAGAGAUUAUCAGAGGAAAGUUCAAGAAAUGAAUGAAGAAAGAAAAACUCUAGACAGGGAAUUGGCCCGUGCCAAAGUAACAGCAAAUAGAGUUGCCGUUGUGGUUGCAAAUGAAUGGAAAGACGCUAAUGAUAAAGUGAUGCCUGUCAAGCAAUGGCUUGAAGAACGUCGAUUCUUGCAGGGAGAAAUGCAGCAACUUCGGGACAAGCUUGCUAUAGUUGAGCGUGCUGCAAAAUCUGAAGGACAGUUGAAAGAAAAAUAUCAAUUACGACUUAAAGUGCUAGAGGAGAGUUUGAAAGGAAAUUCUAACAGUAAUAAUCGAAGCACCUCAGAUGGAAGAAGUGUGAGCAACGGUCCUUCUCGUCGUCAAUCCCUAGGGGGAGCUGAUAACUUCUCAAAACUAACCUCUAAUGGGUUUUUGUCUAAAAGAACACUAUCCUCCCAACUGAGGUCAUCCCUAUCCUCUAGCACAGUUUUGAAGCAUGCUAAAGGAACAUCUAAAUCUUUUGAUGGUGGUACAAGAACACUGGAAAGGAGUAAAAUUCUACUGAAUGGAACACCUCCUAGUUACACAUUCAACCAAUCACUUGAAGAAACCAAAGAGAGAGAGGCAAAUGAUAAUUGGAAAGGAAAUUCAGAUGAUAAGCCAAAUGACUUCCCAACAGUGGAUGCAGAAGAUAAUAGUGUUCCAAGUGUUUUGUACGACCUGCUUCAGAAAGAGGUCAUAGCCUUGAGGAAAGCUGGUCAUGAGAAAGAUCAAAGCUUAAAAGAUAAAGACGAUGCUAUUGAGAUGUUAGCAAAGAAGGUAGAUACACUAACCAAAGCCAUGGAAGUAGAGGCAAAGAAGAUGAGAAGGGAAGUAGCUGCUAUGGAGAAGGAGGUAACUGCUAUGCGUGUGGAGAAAGAACAAGAGAACAGAGCAAAGCGGUUCAGUAAUGUAAAGGGCCCAGUAAACAGUGCCAAACAUCAGCUAAUUUCUGGGAGCACCCCGUGAGUGGGCAUAUGGGCUGCAGUCUGCAGACCUGUCCACGUAAUCUGUGGUCCACAGAAAUGUGACACGGCGUGGAUUAACACGCAGCACCCAAUGACAAUUAGUCUAUUACAGUGGCGCUUGGGAGUAAUCUUUCAUAGGCAUCAUUCUUCUGCCCUUCUCUGUUUUUUUUCUCCUUCUUAUCCAAUUGAUUCUAUGAUUGUAACUGGCAUGCCGUGGACCAGUGUUACUGAUGUCGGCCAUGGAUUGGGGAUAAGAAAACAAUCGCAGGAAUCGGUAUGCAUCUGACCAUUAUGUUCUCUGCUUAGAGAGAGAUCGGCUAAGUAAGCAGGCGAUGGAAGACAAUUAACUUGGACUAACUUUCACUCUUUCAGCUUUGCUGAGUGGUUGUGUGGUUGUAUAGCUAGCUUUAUCCCCCCGCCCCUUAAUCCUUUUUGCAAUUUGUAUUUGUAAUACACAGAUAGUGUGAUUGUGUUGGUUCAGGUUUGUUAAUAUACUAGUUUG